AUGCAGAUCACCAGUGUUAUGCUCAGCCUUGCCAGUCUCGGCCUGAACGUUCUUCCUGUUCAGGCCGGGCCUAUUCCUGGCGCUGAAGCUGCUCUGGCGGCGCGCCACGUCUAUUCUCCCGAUGUUGACGAAGCUCCUGUUGAGAAGCGCCAUGUCUACUCUCCUGAUGUCGAUGAGGCCCCUGUCGCUAAGCGCCACGUCUACAGUGUCGACAAGGACGAGACCGUCGAGAAGCGUCACGUCUACUCGCCUGAUGUCGAUGAGACCCUCAACAAGCGUCACGUCUACUCGCCCGAUGUCGAUGAGACCCUCAACAAGCGUCACGUCUACUCGCCUGAUGUCGAUGAGACCCUCAACAAGCGUCACGUCUACUCGCCCGAUGUCGAUGAGACCCUCAACAAGCGUCACGUCUACUCGCCUGAUGUAGACGAAGCCCCCGUUGCCAAGCGUCAUGUCUACUCCGUCGACAAGGACGAGGUCGAGAAGCGCCACGUCUACUCCCCGGACGUUGACGAGACUCUCAACAAGCGUCACGUCUACUCUGUCGACAAGGACGAGGUCGAGAAGCGCCACGUCUACUCCCCGGACGUUGACGAGACUCUCAACAAGCGUCACGUCUACUCUGUCGACAAGGACGAGGUUGAAAAGCGUCACGUCUACUCGCCUGAUGUCGACGAGACUCUUAACAAGCGCCAUGUCUACUCCGUCGAUAAGGAUGAGGUUGAGAAGCGCCACGUCUACUCUCCUGAUGUUGACGAGACUCUAAACAAGCGUCAUGUGUACUCUGUUGACAAGGAUGAGGUCGAGAAGCGCCACGUCUACUCCCCCGAUGUUGACGAGGCCCCCGUUGCUAAGCGCCACGUCUACUCCGUCGAUAAGGAUGAGGUUGAGAAGCGCCACGUCUACUCCCCGGACGUUGACGAGACUCUCAACAAGCGUCACGUCUACUCCGUCGACAAGGACGAGGUCGAGAAGCGUCACGUCUACUCUCCUGAUGUCGAUGAGGCCCCCGUUGCUAAGCGCCACGUCUACUCUGUUGACAAGGACGAGGUUGAGAAGCGUCACGUCUACUCCGUCGACAAGGAUGAGACUUCCGCCUAA